AGGUCGUAGAGAGUGAGCGGGAGGGAGAGGCGAGGAGAGAGUUGGGGAGAGGGAUCGACGGAGCCGAGUAGGAGGAACGCCGGAAAGAUGGCGUCUUUUUCGUGGACGGAGGAGGAUGUGCUACGGUGCUGCGGCAGCAAGCGUUUCGCCAAGGAGCUCGCCUCCGCCUCGCCCUUUUCCGACCUCCACCACGCGAUCCAGUCCGCCCGCGGGAUCUGGUUCAACAAGAUCGACGUCGCCGGAUGGCUCGAGGCCUUCGCGGCUCACCCGCCGAUCGGAUCCAUCUCUCCCUCCGUUUCGCAGUCACUAUUCUUUCAAUCCCUCUCAUUCCUUUUUCUAUUCUGGAAUCCUUUUAACUUUUUUUAUUGUUGGCCGGAUUAGGUGGUCCAAGGAAGAACAAUCUGCUGCAAUAGCUACCGCCACUGAUACCACGUUGCAGGAAUUGGUGGACUGGAAUAUCCGUUACCAGGAGAAGUUUGGGUUUGUGUUCCUCAUCUGCGCCUCUGGAAGGGGCACACCGGAGAUCCUUGCUGAAUUGAAGAAACGCUAUGUGAAUAGGCCCAUUGUUGAACUUGAAAUAGCAGCACAAGAGGAGAUGAAAAUAAUCGAACUGCGUCUUGCUAGGCUUGUAAAAUCUGAUGUUGGAUCAAACAGUUCAGCCCCCUCUUCUCUUCCUGUGAAUUCUUCCAUCACAGCAGGCGGCAGCUCUCGCACCCGCCCACCCAUCACAACCCACGUCUUGGACAUUGCGCGUGGCUCUCCAGCCUCAGGCAUGGAUGUUCACUUGGAGAUGUGGAAGGGAACUUCACAGCAGCCAUUGUUCUCGAACCGAGAAUCCACUGGCUGGGUAUUGGUAGGCUCAUCAACAACAAACACCGAUGGCCGUAGUGGUCAACUGAUGGGCAUUGUCGAUCAUAUUACUCCUGGCUUUUACCGGAUAAGUUUCGACACGGGCAAAUAUGCACCGUCAGGAUUCUUUCCUUAUGUUAGCAUUGUGUUUCAGGUGCGGAAGAAUCAGACAGGCGAUCACUUUCAUGUUCCAUUGUUGCAUGCUCCCUUUUCCUUCAGUACCUACAGGGGCAGCUAAACAAGCUCGGUAGAACAGUGUCUUAGAACAAGGUCAAGGUGGUUUAAUGAACAAUCUCUGGUUCAUCAUUGGUUUAGGGUUUUAUUCAUCUUUAAGCACAUUUUAAGUGUGAUGUUAUUGUAAGUGUUAUUGUGCAAUAAGCCUAUCAAUAAUUUCCUCCUGCAAGGAAUCACUGGUUAGUAAAAAUCUAUUGACACACAUUUUAGUUUGA